GCCCGCGGCGGCGGCGGCGGUGACGGUGGUGGUGGUGCAGUGGCGAGCGAGGCAGCGAAGGGGAGUGGUGGUGCGAGGCCUCUGUGUCCGUGUAAAGGCGUCAGAUCGCUGUCUGACAGCGCCCGGUGGCUCUGUGUAUCUCGUGUGACAGCUGCGCGGUGUGUGUGAGUGCGGUGCCCCGACUGUUCGCGAUGCUGGGGUAGGAGCGGUACCCGUGCGCUGCUGGCUGCCGCCGUCACCGGACAGUGAUCAGGAUGGACUCGGAGUACGAGCGGAUCCGGCGCUCGUGUCUGCGUGUGGGAGAGCUGUGGCAGGACCCUGACUUUCCAGCGGUGCAGGCCUCCGUCUUCUACCACCAGACGCCGCCGUUCCAGUUCGUGUGGAAACGGCCAGCGGAGCUGUUUCCCGACCCGUUGUUUAUUCGAGACUCAGUGCUGGACUUCGAUGCCUACCCGGGCAAACUCGGUGACCGGUGGUUCAUCUCGUGUAUCGGCUGUCUGCAGAUGACCCGUGGUCUGUUCUACCGCGUGGUGCCCGCCGAUCAGUCGUUCGCAGGCGACGGCUAUGCCGGCAUCUUCCGGUUUCGUAUCUUCUGGAAUGGCGAGUGGGUGGAGGUGCUGGUGGACGACCGGCUGCCCACGGUGAACGGAAAGCUGGCCUUCACCACGUCACAGAGCCAGCAGGUCUUCUGGAUGUCGCUACUCGAGAAGGCCUGCGCCAAAUUGCACGGCUCAUACGAGGCGCUCAAGUACGGCACGACGCUGGACGGCCUGGCGGACAUGACGGGCGGUAUCACGGAGACUCUGAGUAUCCGGGAGGACGCCACCGGGGCAGGUCACACCAUCGGUCGGCUGCUGGAGCAGACCUCCAUCAUCACCGCUACUGUACAGACCGGGUCACAGACACCAAAGAAUGGCAGUCCAGAGAAGUUGGCAAACGGUGUUCUAUUAGGGACCAACUACAGGGUUCUCGACAUUGAACGGGUCACACAGUUCAGCGGGGAGCCGACCCAGCUCGUCCGGCUGCGCUCCUCUCUAGGUCACACCGGCGAGUACGUGGGACGGUGGGCGCGCGGCUCGCUCGAGUGGGACGAAGUCAGCGCGCUGGAGAGGGAACGGCUCGGGCCGCACACGCUGGCGGACGGAGAGUUCUGGAUGCCCUACUCAGACUUUGUGAAGACGUUCACUCACCUGGAGGUGGUACAUCUAGACGAGGACACGGCACGGGACGAGCCCUCGCUGCGCUCGCGGAUGCCCUGGCAGGUCAAAGUGUACCAGGGGUCGUGGCGGAGAGGGGUCACCGCCGGCGGCUGCCGGAACAACACAGACACGUUCCACAUCAACCCAAGGCUACACCUGGUGCUCUCGGUACCGGAGGAGGUGGUCAUCUCAUUGACCCAGCACACCGUCACCGAGCCCCGGGUGGUCGGGUUUACUGUCUAUCCAGUCUCCAACGGAGCCGUGGAUGCGAUAGAUAACAGCUUCUUCAAGAAGAAGAGUCUGGUGAACUCGCAGUAUACCAACGGGCGGCAGGUAUCCCACAGAUGCGCGUUAGAGCCGGGCGGAUACAUCAUCGUACCCACAACCUUCGAGCCCUCUCAGGAGGCACAGUUCACUCUGCGAGUGUUUUCGAUGAACGCCGUAAAGCUGCGCUACGUGGACACGACACCCGCCGUGCUGCGGAAUCCUAUAUUGAAGGCGCCAUCCAGCGUAGACGGCAAGGGCUUCAACCAGUACGAGGCUGUCUUCCUGCAGUUGGCGGAUGAACACAAAACGGUUAACGCGUUCGAGCUACAAGAGUUACUAGAGGCCUGUUUACCGAAUGACUACAUCAAGAGUUGCGCCACGAUCGGCGUGUGUCGUCAGAUCAUAUUCGCCAUGGACACCACCAUGUUCGGCAGGCUCAGCUUCAACGACUUCAAGGACCUGAUGUGCAGCCUCAAACUGUGGCAGGGCGUUUUCAAGAACCACACCAAGGAGAAGACCGGAGUUCUGAAGGCGGAAAGGUUCCGUGACGCGCUCGCCGAGGUCGGUUUCCAGCUGAACACAGACGUGAUGACGGUGCUCACACAGCGCUACCGACGCAAGGACGGAACCCUACGCUUCGGCGACUUCGUGGCGGCCGUCCUUCAGCUCUGCGUGGCCUUCGAGGUGUUUGACAAGAAGGACCCCCUGCAGACCGGGAUCGUCAAAUUCAACAUCUCAGAGUGGCUGAAGGGCUCCCUCUCGUGUUGACGCUGCCGCCGCGGACUCACAGAGGUCGGUCGGCCGGUCCCGCGCCGUCCUCCGUCGUGACCCGUCUGUCCGACCGUCUCCGCCGCCGGCGACGGACCGCGCUGUACAUAGUCCACCGUGUAGGAUAGCUGCGUUACGCGACAUCGCUGUUGUACUGCUGACAUAUUUUAAUAAAGUUGAACGCCGCGACUGCCUCCGCA